GGAGAGAACAGGAUAAGACUUGUUGACAAGAGACAGGAGAGUUCACAGCGUCUCUAACCUAAAAAAUCCAAAAAAUGUCUGGUAAUAUUAAAACAUUUUACAACUUCACAGCUAAGCUUCUUUCCGGUGAACCUUUCAGUUUCUCCUCGCUGAAGGGGAAAGUUGUUCUCAUUGAGAAUGUAGCGUCUCUCUGAGGAACAACAGUCAGGGACUACACGCAGAUGAAUGAGCUUCACUCCAGAUACUCUGCAGAGGGACUCGUUAUCCUGGGUGUGCCCUGCAAUCAGUUUGGACAUCAGGAGAAUGGCAAGAAUGAUGAAAUCCUAAGAUCCUUGAAGUACGUCCGUCCAGGGAAUGGUUUUGAACCAUACUUCCAGCUCCUUGAAAAGGUGGAUGUGAAUGGAAAGGAUGCCCACCCCCUGUAUGUCUAUCUGAAAGAGAAGCUCCCUGUCCCCAGCGACGAUGCUGUGUCCCUAAUGAAUGAUCCAAAGUUCCUGAUCUGGAGCCCUGUGUGCAGGAGUGACAUUUCUUGGAACUUUGAGAAGUUCCUGAUCGGUGCUGAUGGGGAGCCUUAUAAGCGCUACAGCAGAAACUUCCUCACUAUUGAUCUUGAGGAAGACAUUAAAAAGCUUCUCAAGAGAAACAAGUAAAAUGUGCUAUGACACUCAGCAGCUUGUUGCUGAAGAUAUCGGCUGUGAUCCCUCCAACUUAGAAAGGCUUAUCAGUAGACACACCUAGGAGGGGUAUUUUAUCGAGCUUCCCAGCUCACAGUUUUAC